CAACAUGAACACUCUCCCUGCUGUGCUCCUCCUGGCCUUCGGCCUCUGCUUUGCUGAGUCCAUGAGCUACAGGGCUCUGUGGCAGUUCAGGGACAUGAUCAUCUGUGCGAACCCCGACAGCUGGCCUGUUCUGGAAUACAUCGACUACGGCUGCUACUGCGGCAAGGGCGGCUCCGGAACACCUGUGGACGACCUGGACAGAUGCUGUGAGGUGCACGAUCGUUGCUACGGCGAUGCCAUGCAGCAUUCCGAGUGCUGGCCCAUCCUGGACAACCCCUACACCGAGAUCUACGCCUUCACUUGCGACGAGGCCAGCAAGACUGUCACCUGCCCAAGCAACAAAAACGAUGAGUGUGAGCAGUUCAUCUGCGAUUGCGACAGGUUGGCCGCCGAGUGUUUUGCCACCGCUGGUUACAACCCUGAGAACGAGCACCUGCCUAGUGACCAGUGCAAUUAA